AUGGAUUCAAUUGACUACCAAGAAGCUAAAUUCAAAUUCGAAGGUGUUCGUAAGCACUUCUUUAAGGAUGUCACUUAUCAUAUAACAGUAUUUGAAGAUAUGGUCACCAUGGGGACAACUUCAGAUUGUCAAAACCCCAAAUACAAACUAAAGUUGAAUCUUGAAACAAAAAUAAAUUGGGAGUUGCGAAAGAAUAAAAAAGAACUUGAUUACUUUGAGUUUGAUCAUUAAAAUAAAAGGAAGGUUGUUCAUGCCCAACCAGAUGAUCUAUCUAAAUUCAAAGAACUAUUAUCAGGAAGAGUAACUUUUGAAGGCAUUGGAGAUUUAUACUAGCCUCUAUUUCAGAUAGGAAAGGGAAGCUCUGCCAAGGUAUAUAGUGCAAGGAGUGCAUUAGAUUAAAGAGUAUAUGCUGUAAAAGCCAUAGAAAAAGCAUUUCUUAAGAUCUCCGAAAAUGCAAAUGGACUCCGUGCCUUUUAAUCCGAAGUUCAAAUUCUCAGAGCAUUAUAAUAAUAUGAAAACAAUUUUCUCGUCUUUAAAGAAAUAUAUGAGGGGGACAAUACAUUAUAUGUAGUUACAUCGUAUUUAGAGGGAUUGAGUCUUAGCGAAGAAUUAGAUAAAGCAAAGACCUUGCCUAAUAGAAGACUACCUAUAAAUAAUGUUAGGACAAUUAUGAGGAAGCUGUUAGGUAAUUUAAAAAUUUUACAUUCUCAUCGAAUUAUUCAUAGAGAUUUAAAGCCAGAUAAUUUGAUGUUUUCUAGAAAGAAUGAUUACACAUCAUUAGUUCUCGUAGAUUUUGGACUUGCCACUUCAGAACUUCUUGAUAAAUAUUUAUUUCCAAAAUGUGGAACUCCAGGAUACGUAGCUCCUGAGGUCUUGAGCUCUAGAUCCGACCAAAGAUAUAAUUGUAAAGUAGAUAUAUUUUCUGCUGGAUGCAUUUUCUAUAAAUUGCUUACUGGACAUAGUUUAUUCAUGGGGUCAAACUUUGAUGAAGUCUUGAAUUCCAAUAAAACCUGCUAUGUCGAUUUAGAUUUACCAAUGGAUGGCAUUUAUAUAACAGAAUAAUCAUUAGAUAUUCUGAAAAAGAUGCUAAACAAGAAUCCAAAAAUCAGGGUAAGUGCUGCUUAAGCAUUAUCCCAUUAAUUUUUUGAUUCGAAUAGUGAUUUUAGCACUUAAGCUAUUUAAUCUGGUGGGUUACAUAUAACAAAAAAUGCCAUAUAUUAAUUAAAUUUAGCAGAAUCUGAAUCUAAAUACAAUAGUGAAAAUGAAAUUAAUGAUGAAUAAUAAUAGAAUUCUAAAAUUAAUGAUUUAAAAAGAUACUCAUUAAUGAAUGAAAUACCUCUUUCAGCAAAAAGGGGGAGUGCAUAAUUUUCGGGCACUUUUUAUCAAAAGGAUCCUUUGUCAGCCAUUAAAUCACUAAAGAUACCAGUUGAAACAUCUCAACCACUUAAACUAAGUUGUCAUUUUUCACCUGCUUGA